CGUGAAAGUGGAGUCGAUUGAGUUGCACGUGUGUUUCAGUGACGCGCGCGCGUUUUAACAAAAUCAGCCGGCUAAAAAUGACAAAAAGGUGCACGCUAGUGGUUGCGGACAAAUGACAGACAAAGUGACGUUUCUCUGAUAAGAAAUUGUGUAUGAUUUAGCCGAAAAUAAAAUCAUACAAAAAACAAAAAAAAAAAACGAUAUAUAAAAUUUUUUUUUCAAAGUUGAAAAAUUAACUAAGUGCAUGUGUGUGUGCCUGAAUUAAGCAGUAUACUCGGUGGAAGUGACAAGCGAGCAAAAGGUGCUGACUUGAAGAUUCUCGCGUUGGGCACAACAAUAAAGCGUGUAAAGCGGCGCAGCGUAAUAAACAAAUUGAGGUGAUAGCUGCUUGAACAACAACAACAAAAAUCGACUGUGCAAAGCAAUUCAUAGACGCUGAUGAGCUGCUAAUUGAAAGUGAUAAAAUGUGUAAUCGGUGUAAAAUAUGACAGAAAACUGCAUAAAAGUGUAAUUUCAUUUAAAUCGCAAGCAACUCGUGUGUUUGUGUGAUGUUUUUAAUUGUUUAGCGGUCAUACGUCAAGGUGAAAAGUAUUAAAGUGGUUGAGAAAUUCAUUAAGUGAUUUGAGAGAUAUUUUUGUUUGGUGGACCAGUGUUGGUAAACAUUUAUUGACAACAACAUUUUGCAACAAAGUGAUUGUGUUGCCGUGUAAAGUGUUCGUUCAGCAAGCAGCUGCAAAAUUGUUAACUCUCAACAGCAACAGCAACAACAACAAUUAGAGUGCAAAAUUAUUUUCGCUUGCGUAAAUCACAACUUGCAACAUUCACGCAGCGUGGCGCAGCUGGUCGCAACGACGUGCGCCGCUUACCACCGUACACCGCGCUGGUCUGUCGAGCAGACAGCGUGCUAGUCAGCCAUUCAAUUUGCAACAGAGUUCAGCACAGUGCGCGGCAGUUCGUCGCAGUUGAUGCGUUGCAAGUCACUUUUCAAAUCAAUUAAACGCGAGCGGCAAAUAUAGCGGCAACAGCGAAGCACUCAAGCGAUAGUCGGUCAGCGCGACCAAUCUCCGAGCGAAGUCGCAAAAGUGUGACAGCAACAACACAACAACAACAACCGAAUGCAUCAGUAUAUGAGCAGCGGUGGCAGUUGGUUGAUGCGCGCCAGGCACACAGUGUUAGCAGUUGUUGCAACCAAAUGAAUCACAGCACAUAUUGUUUGUGCCGGCUAAGCGGAGCUUAUCAUUAAUCAAAUUAGCAGCGGCAACAAUAGCAGCAACAACAGACCUUAAGUGGCUGUACAAAGCGACAGUGGCAAAGUCAACAAACCGCUGUGCGGCGCAUUAAGCAAAGAAGGGGCAGGCAGCGUAAACAAUCGUUGUGAAAGAAGAACACUUGUUCGUUGCGAAGUUUUAGAUUAUCACAAACGGAUUGCUUUUCAGCGUUAAUUGUGUUGUAUUUGCGAUUUUCAUCAGGCAAAUGGUUAGUGGAAAUAUUUAAUGGUGUUAAAACGAGAUUAGUUUCUGUGCAAUCAAAGUGAUUUUUAAGUGAGUUGUUGCUGUAAACGAAUUUCAGUCAGACGUGCAACCUGUGUGUACAGUUAUGUUAACAUAUGCGAAUCUUGUGUAUGAACCUCAAUUUAACGUGUUUGAAAGAUAAUAACAAAAAACGCUAACAAUUCCAACGAACAUUCCACUGAAGCAUUGUUCUAAUCACUUGCGCCGUUCGGCAGUCUAAACUAUGCGCCUCUUCAAGACACGCAAGUCCAUCGACACAUUUGGCAGCGCUAACACCAACACUACCAGCAUUCAUACGUCAUAUCAGCAGCAUUAUAAUAACGGCACACAAAGCGCCACACCCACACCGAUCGCCACAACAUGCGCCGUCAAAUUCAGCAAAACCAUCGCCGGCAGCACAUCCAUUUCAUCCUCACUACCCGAUCUGCAUGAUUCGCCCGUUAUGAUACUAAGCUGUACCAAUCUGAGCGCUAGCCAUACGCCCACACCGCGCACACCCACCAGCGUCAGCGUGCUUAGUGCCAGCAAUAGUGGCGCCUCCACACAAACGCAUUCACCGGCCGCAGGUGUUGGCGCGGGUGGCAGCUACACACACAACUACAGCAGUCUCAAUAGCAGCGGACGUCAAACACCGUCAGCGCUGUCGGUGGCUUCAUUAAAUGAUGCUGCGCUGCAGCGAUUGCAUCACCAUCAUCAACAGCAGCAACAACAGCAACACCAUAGCACCACACACUUAUUUCAAAAUGGCAGUGGUGGCGUUGCUGUUAGCGGCGGUGGAGGUGGAGGCGGCAGCAAGUGCAAAAGUAACACUUUGUUGGUGAAUUAUGGUGGCAGCAGCAAUAAUAUUGCGACAGCGCAACAUUAUUACCAAAAACUCGGACAGCAGACUUUGGGGCACCAACGUAACAGCUCGUCAUCGAGUAGCUGCAUCUACGAGAAAAGCCGAAAUGCGAGUUGCCACAAUAUUUCAUUGAUGCCAAAUGGCGACAAGGGUGGUGGUAGCGGUGGCGGCGCUGGUAGCGGCGGUGUCACACCAAUGAAAAGUUGCAAUGGUUCAACAAUAUCGCUGUUGGCGUCAAACGGUCAUUUGCCCAACUAUCAAUUGGUCACCGCAAUGCCUGUUGUCAUAUUGGAUGACGAAAAGAAAACCACUUCAAACGGCGAAACGACAACUGCAAGUGCAACGACGACCUCAACAACAUCCGCUACAACAACAACAACAGCCACAGCGAGCAUGACUGCCAAUAGCGCAACAAGAAAUGUCUUCACGUGGGGCAAGCGCAUGGGCCGUAAACUGGAUAUAUUGAAACGUAGCGACACCACAAACACACAUAAGUCACACACAGACCUGCGUUCGUUGUUUCACACAUCUACGCAUAACAACAACAACAAUAAUAACAAUGAUAAUGCUAAGGACAACUAUCAAACGCAUACGCUGAAGAAAUGCAAAUCUGGACCCAUCGAGACCAUCAAACAGCAACAAAAGAAUCAACAACAAAAGAAAGAUCAAAGAGAACAACAAAACUCGCUGCAUGAACAACAAUUGCAAAAUGGCGAGGCACACAAUAAGAACCAACAAAAACAAGAGAAAGCGAAGGAACACAGCAGUCACACCAGUAGCACACAGUCGAACACGCAACAACGCUCACAGAAGGCGAUCAAGAAUUUCUUCCAUCGCAUCGGAUCCACCGGCAUGCUCAAUCACAAGUCACAUAACCUGAUUAAAGCCGCCGAACCGAGUGGAGCGACCGGCAGCAAUCUAUACCGCAGCAGUUCCACUAGUCAGCUGACCAGCUCUUCGUACAUUAAAUGUGACGAUCCCACGGAGGGUCUGAACUUGGCAAACAAUCGCCAGAGCAAGCUGCAGAAAGGCACUACAAACGUCGUGACAAAUCUGAAAUCGAGCAGCUGCGAUGACAUCGCCAAAGUAGGCACGUGCACCUCGCCGAAUGGUGAUGACGCAUCGCUGAGCGCACAAUCGCAGCCCGCUACUGGUCAGGGCGGCGCGGCCGGUCAAGAGUCAACAAACCGACGCGGCGCCUUUCCCUACGCAUUUCUACGCUCGCGACUCUCCGUUUUACCGGAAGAAAAUGGCGGUUCGGUAAUGAAGCAACCAUCACUCAGCAGUCUACAUACAAUGGACACCGGCGGCUUACAAGAGCUGCAUCAUGCGGCGGUGCAAUAUAUGCAAGCGGGUCAGCAACGCUCACCAACACGACAACAUCGGAACUCCACGUCAAUGCUACCCAGUGAUGUAACGACAUUGGCCGAUGGCACUUUGGACUCAAUAUCGCUGGCAAGCACUUCUCCAAAUCACCAGCAAAAGGUGAUUUAUCGGAAUGGCGCCCUGAUCAAGCGCUACUCAUCGGACGACAGUGCGAUCAGCAAUUGCUCGCCACAGCAGACUACGGCUGCUGUUGGUGCAAGCGCUUGUAACGGUGUGUAUGUGAACGGCGAGGUGAUGGUGUCGCGCAACAACAGCCUCUCCUCCAAGGACUGGGAACCACUUUACCAAAGAUUAAGUAGUUGUCUAAGUUCGAACGAGUCGGGUUACGACAGUGACGGAGGUGGCGGCGGCGGCGGCGUUAACGGUGGUGUUGCAAACAACAGCAAUGUUGGAAGCAAUGAAAGUACAUGUGGUAGUGUUAUUUACCUCGGGAAUACCACGAACACACAACUGCUGGGCAAUAAUCUUGGUAUCUCCAGUGGAGAUACGGAAUCUAUUGCGUCGGGUACGUUGAAGAGGAAUUCGCUGAUUUCACUUACCUCCUCCGAAAGUGGCGUCGGUUGUGGCGGUCUACGGAGCAGUAGCAUAUGCAGCACGACAAGUGGUUCCGUGUCACUGGGCGGCUACAACUAUGACUAUGAAACGGAGACCAUACGUCGACGAUUUCGUCAAAUCAAGUUGGAGCGAAAGUGCCAGGAAGACUGCAUUGGAUUGGUUUUGUCGCCGAAGACUGUGAUGACCUCAACAAAUGAACAGCAAUACCGUUACUUGAUAGUCGAAAUCGAUCCGUAUGGCAUGGCGCAAAAAGAUGGCCGCCUGCGCAUUGGUGACGAAAUUGUCAAUGUGAACGGUAAGCAUUUGCGCGGCGUGCAGUCCUUCGCCGACGUGCAGCGUCUGCUAUCGACCUUCGUGAACAACUGUAUCGAUUUGGUGAUUGCGCACGACGAGGUUGCCACUGUCACCGACUUUUAUACUAAAAUAAAAAUUGACGGCAGCUCCGGACAGGCGUACAACUCAAUGCUUUCCUUGCAUGGUGGUAACGAACCAGCGCCUGCCUCAGCGCCGCCCACAGCCAAUUCACAAAGUGAGUAUUUGGCACGCGCCCGUAAACGGCUCAGCUAUACGCAGCGCACUCAGAGCACGGACAGUAUAAACUAUGAUCUGCAAAGUCUACAACUGGCGCUGGAGAGUGAGGAUGAACAUCAGAAGCGGCGACCAUCAUCGCAGGUAAUAGACGUCAACGCUAGUGAGCUGGAUGUUGACGAUGACGCGCGUUCACUGGCUAGUGUAACGACAAUGCAUUCGCUGAGCUCGAUGCCAACGCCAAUGCCGCUAAUGCAACACAGGCGCUGCUCGACACCGCGUCACUCUAUGGACUCAACGGCAAAUGGUGGUGAGUUUGCUGGCGAACACAUAAGGCGUCGCGCGCGUUCCUCGUCGGGGCAACGCAAUCUCGAGCUGACGCCGCUGUACAAUGCAAGCGCUGAGUAUACGCCGGUGUAUGCGAAUCGCGCGUCCAGCAUAUCGCUGUCCACGCACACAAUCAGUGACGAUGAAAAGUGGCAGCUGUUGGCGCGCAAACGUUGCUCUGAGGGCGCGGCAUUGCUGCGCGUUCAGCAGCAACAGCAACUCCACCAACAGCAGUCGCAGGACGAGCUGCUGACAGGUUGUGGACGCGUCGCGGGCAAUCGUAGUGCGUCGCUGACUUAUGGUGCGUCGGCGCCACUGGCUGCUGGUGCAUUUUUGGAUACUGUCGAUGGUGCGGGCGGCAAGUCACAACAACAGGCGCCGGCGUUUCCGUCGCGCACGCACUACACGCGCAACUCCAUCAACCUGUCCAAUUCGCAUUAUCGUUCACUACGCUUCGCGCAUUCGCGUCUUAGCUCCUCGCGCUUGAGUUUAUUCAUACAGCCGCCUUCCGGUGGCGCCACCGAGGGCGGUAGACUAACAGCAACAACCACAACCGCUAAUAACAAUAACAGUAAUUACCAAAACUCCAAAGCCACUAAUAGUACAAAUACUAAAACACAAACAACAACAAGUACCACUACACCAGCAACAACAACAAUAAGGGCGACGUCAGUGGCCACCAGAACGCCUGCAAAUGGCGCUGCAAGGUCUGAUAGUAACACCACUGACGAUGAUGUGCGCCAUCAGCGUAGACAGCAGCAACAGCUACAGCAGCAACAACAACAACAAGCGUCGUCUGAUCUCACUAAUAACACUAAUACAAAUGCUAAUCCUUAUCACCUCAUUUCUUACCAACAACAACAACAACACCAAAACUUAACCGAACAACAACCACACCACCAGCAGCGACAUCACGCAACGCCUUCCCAUUUAUAUCAGCAACAUUUAACCGUACCAUCAUCUUCUAUGCCCACAGCAUUAACCAGUUCGAGUUCGAAUUCGAAUGCAACAACAAGUGCUAAAGCUGCGGCAACACAUUCAUUGCAAUAUCAUCGCCCUUCAUUGCCCGCGGCGAAACUAACAAUCCGCGACGAAGAAAUGGCCGAAGUUAUUCGCGCUUCGAUGAGCGACGGCGCCAGCCGCUCAACGCAAAAAAUCAUAACUUUCUUCAAGGGACACGGCAUGAAAUCGCUGGGAUUCAGCAUUGUGGGCGGACGUGACUCGCCAAAAGGCAAUAUGGGUAUUUUCGUAAAGACUGUAUUCCCUUCGGGGCAAGCGGCGGAUGAUGGCACCCUGCAGGCGGGCGAUGAAAUAGUCGAAAUUAAUGGCACCUCGGUGCAGGGCAUGAGCCACGCGGAAACCAUACGCCUGUUCAAGGACGUGCGUGAGGGUGCAAUAGUGCUAAAGGUGUUGAGAAGGAAGUUACAAAAGGCCAAAUCAAUGGGCGCUUAGUGUGGACCAAAAACGCUAUCAUGGAAAGCAAUUAUCACGAGGCACGGCCGCUUGUUAAAUAUUAAUAUAAUUAAAUUAAAUUAAUUGUAAAAAUAAAUAUUAAAAGUAUGCAGACGUAGGUUAGCGUUAAAAAUGUUUAUAAUGUCAUAAUAUAGUCUAAUUUAUGUAGUGAUAAGCUCGAGCUUGAUUUUAAACAAUAAAAUAAAGUAUUAAAUUGUA